AUGCCAAUCGGCAUCCAGCGUCUUAACGUGAAAACUUCACAGCCCAAUCCGCAUAUUGUCUUUAUUAAACCGUUAAAAGGACGGGAUGAGAAAAUCGCGCAGGACUUUUUGGAGAGGAUUGCAGCGCAAUGUCUUCCUGUGAUGCGCAAGCACCAUAUUCACGUCAUGUCGUUGGAGGAAUUUCCUCCUAAUCGGGAAUUCGUGGGCCGCAAUUUUAACGCUGGAGAGGUGAUACAGCUGGUUCUCAAAUCCCCCGGGAGCGGGCGGUGGCUCCCGUUCAAUUAUGUCCAGAUGGUCAUGAUGCAUGAGCUGGCUCACUGCGCGCAGAUGAACCAUUCCAGGGCGUUUUGGGCAGUGCGGAACCAGUAUGCCGCGCAGAUGCAGGAGCUAUGGGCAGAAGGAUACAAAGGCGAUGGCCUUUGGGGGAGAGGAACUACGCUGGGGACUGGAGAGUGGGAGAAGAACAGCGUUCUGGCGGAUGAAAUUCUUCCGGAACAUCUUUGCGGCGGGACAUAUCGAUCGCGGGGGAGGAAACGCAAGGCUAAACCUGUGUUGACGUAUGAAGAGAGAAAAGAGAAGAGGAUUCUCAAAAAGUUUGGCAAGAAUGGCGUUGCGCUUGGAGCAGAUGAGGAGGAAAAGGUGAAGCUCGAGAAGGGCAAGCGGGUGCUUGCGAAACCGAGGGUGGCGGGCAGUUUACGGGGCCGAGAACUCCGUGCAGCUGCGGCAUUGGCGAGGUUUGAGCAGAGCAAGGAAGAUACUAAGAAGGAAGAAGAGGAUGAGGAUACGAAGAAUUGGGAUGUUGAUGGUGAUUCAAGCGACUACGAAGAGGUGGGUGCGGAUACCAAAGCGGCUGUUGAUGUGGAUGGAUCGAGGAUGGUGGAUAGACAUGGCGGCGACAUGGUCAAGGUGUGCGAAGACGAAGAUGCGAAUGACGCCGAUGCGAGGAACGAACUCGAUCAAUUACACGGAUUGUUCGGCAGACGAAAGGUCAAACGGGAUCUAGAUGGCGAGACGUUAAACCUUCGUUCAUCUGAGAAGAGUCAACAACAACCAGAACAUGUGGUAAAACGGGAGAAAACGGGAUUGUCUAUCAAGCCGGAGGCUGUAGAUGAUGGUGACCUUUCAUCUAUACGACUAUCAUCGAUACCGCACGUCAAACCCAAAAACGACAGAUCUACCAAAUCAGGUCCGGGCAAAGAUUCACCUUCAACGGACAAAAGACAUCAACAAUCAACCUCUACUACUACGACGACGCCAACUUCCUCAAAAAUCCCUUCAAACAAAACUACAGCAGAAACAAGGUCAUCAUCGUUAAUCUGCUCAAUGUGCUCGUUUGAAAAUUCUCAAGCAGCAGUGACGUGCGCAAUAUGCGCAAACGUCCUCUACCCAUCUCUCACGCCGGGCUGGCGGUGCGAGAGCGCGGCGUGUACUGGCACAGCGUAUGUGAAUGCGCAAGACUGCGGAAUGUGUGGGUUGUGUGGACAGAGACGAAGUUGA